AUGAGGACAUCCUCAGCCAAACACAAGAUCCGUUGGAAAGAAGGAGACUACAAAACCGCCUAUCUCAGAGGAAUCACCGUGAGAUAUGACCCCUCAAAAGAGACAUGUCGCAAAAUCCGAGAACGCAUCGCGAAGCUUCAAGAGCGGGUGAUUGCCAACGAACUCAGAGCUGCAGCUGCUCUCAACGGAUGGGAUCAGGUGUACAACCCUUUCCUCUUCCCAGGAUCUCACUCAUCUUCUUCGGAGAAUGAGCUUGAAUUGACCUCACGAGAAGUUUCCCCUUUAUUACCAUACCAAUGUACUUCAUUCAUGCCGUCACAUCCUUCGUUUUCGCAAUCAUGGCCAAAUGACUUCCAUACACUCCCACAGCACGUGUAUCCCGGCGAUCUAUCCCAAUUCACUGGAGCCAGCGAAGCACUUCCAAUAUCUCCUAUCACAAGCACUGCAGCCCAGCCAAUUCACAGCAUGUCACUAGCCAGCUCACACCUUGGUGGCGAUGUACCCCGGAAUAUGAUGGGCAUCCCAGCUACCUUGGGACCGGACUCCCUGUCUACAUCAACGCCUAAUCAGCCGCUGUACUACGUUGCGACUGGUCAGUACUCCAUCUGCAUGAAACAGGUGAACUAA